GUCGCUCUCGUGCAAGUUGGGAAGAGGAACAAAACCCUCUCCUCCCACCCAAGAAAGCGGAGCACGCCGGCCGGAGAGCUUCCAAGUAAACCAUCCGCUCUCCCCUCCUGUUCGCCCGAGGCGGCGGCGGCAGGCCUCCACCGCGAUGGCGUCGACCGGAGGAGAUCCGUCCGAAUUCCCAGCUGCUGCUUUACAUGCUUCUAGUGAUGUGAGCACACCUGAAGAAAUCAGACAUGCUGAUGACAGCAACACAGUUUCAGAAAAUGCCCAGGAACCAUUGAAUUUUCUCCCUGGACAAGAAUCGAACGAUGCUAGUGUUAGUACAGAAAAGAAACAGUAUACCAUAUUGAAAUGCAAGUCGGUGGAAGAAAUUCCAAGAGUAGCAACUGUAAAGAGAUGUAAGAACAUUGAUUCCAGGAAGGUCUCCUCGAAUAACAACAAUGUUUCAAGCCUGAUUGGUAUCCAGGGUCUAACAAAGCCGCCAAGAAAGGGGGCACACGGUCUUCAACUAAACAAGAGUGAAGCCAGAGGGCCUCCUUCCACUUGGAUAUGCAAUAAUUCAGCUUGCAGAGCUGUGCUCACCUCAGAUAAUACAUUCUGUAAGAGGUGUUCAUGUUGUAUUUGUCAUCUUUUCGAUGACGAUAAAGAUCCUAGCCUUUGGCUGGUCUGCUCAUCAGAGACUGGCGAUAGGGAUUGCUGUGAAUCGUCCUCCCACAUUGAGUGUGCACUCCGGUGCCGAAAGGCAGGGUGCGUUGAUCUUGGGCAGUCUAUGCACCUAGAUGGUAGCUACUGCUGUGCUGCAUGCGGGAAGGUUAUUAGAAUACUUGGGUGCUGGAAAAGGCAGCUGGUGGUUGCUAAAGAUGCUCGCCGGGUUGAUAUUCUUUGUUAUCGCAUAAACCUGAGUCAUAGACUUUUGGAUGGCACAACUCGUUUUAAAGAGCUGCAUCAGAUUGUAGUGGAUGCAAAAGCAAAGCUGGAGACUGAAGUUGGUCCGCUUGAUGGUAUGUCUUCUAAGAUGGGCCGUAGCAUUGUGGGCCGUCUGCCUGUUGGUGCCGAUGUGCAGAAGCUUUGCAAUCUAGCAAUCGAGAAGGCAGAUGAGUGGCUGAGGUCGAAUUCUCAAGAAGAAACUAAACAAAUUGAUACACUUCCUACUGCCUGCAGGUUUAGAUUUGAAGAUAUAAAAGCUUCAUCAUUAGUGGUUGUUCUGAAAGAAACUGCUUCCUCACUGUAUCAUACUAUCAAAGGCUACAAACUCUGGUACUGGAACAGCAGAGAACCACCUUCCACUAGGGAGCCUGCCAUUUUCCCCAAAGAUCAAAGAAGGAUACUGAUUUCCAACCUGCAGCCCUGCACAGAGUAUGCCUUUCGGAUCAUUUCUUUUACUGAGGAUGGUGAACUUGGCCACUCCGAGUCUAAGUGCUUUACCAGGAGUGUGGAGAUUAUUCACAAGAACAUAGAGCACGGUACAGAAGGUUGCUCAUCUACUGCCAAGAGAGAUGUCAAGAGUCAGACUGGCAUGCCGUCAGGCUUCAAGGUGCGCCAGCUGGGUAGAGUACUGCAGAAAGCAUGUGCCGAGGAGGAUGGUUGCCUCAACGAGUUUUGUAAAGACGAGAUUGAAGAUUCUUGUGAUCAGAGUGAUUCAAUGAUGCCAGACAAGGAUCAAGUUGAACAUGCCGUUUCAUGCAAACUCGAUCUUAACGAAACCUCAGUUCCAGAUCUAAACGCCGAGGUAAUCAUGCCAACAGAGUGCCUCCAGAAUGACAAUGGGUGUAGUUCAGGAAAGAAUGGAAUGAGAAAGUCAACUGGUUGUAGUGAUUUUGUGACCUGCACCGAGGGGCAUGUCAGGGAAGCACCUGCCAUGGAAUCCCGAUCACAAAGUCGGAAGCAGACAUCAGACUUGGAGCAGGAAACCUGUGCAGGGGAUGUCAAUUUGGUCAUUGGCACACAGAGGCACUUCUCCCAUAGGUUAGGUCAACUAGAUGGUAAUUAUGAGUACUGUGUGAAGAUGAUUCGAAGGUUGGAAUGUUCUGGCCACAUCGAGAAGGGUUUCAGAAUGAAAUUUCUAACCUGGUUUAGCCUGAGAUCGACGGAACAGGAGCGGAGGGUUGUGUUCACCUUUAUCCACACCCUCCUUGAUGACCCUAGUAGUUUGGCAGGGCAGCUCCUGGAUUCCUUUGAAGAAGUUGUUGCCGGUAAAAAGCCAAGAACUGGUUUCUGCACUAAGCUAUGGCAUUAAUCCAGAUAGGUGAAAACCAAAACCACCAAUAUAGUACUCAAUUCUUACUAGGGGGAAAAGUAACACUUGUUUCAAGCGAUGGCACUAAUCUGGCUUGGAAAACCCGAAAUUGCUAGUAUAAUAUUCUUACAUUGAAAUUAACUGUCCACUUCUUUGUAAUACCAAUUUUAAAUGCUGAUAAAUGUAUGCUUAGUUAAUUUUGUACUUCUGUGCUUUGAGGUCUACCAUGCUAAAGUGAUGUCUGUAUCCAGUUAGUUGGAUGUUUAUGCUACUAUCAAAAGCACCAGGGAGUUAUUGCA